GCUCUACGUGGGGCGGGGCUCAGGUGCGGACGCCACCGGUUGUCCUCUUUGCUGCUCCGUAGUGACGGGGAUUGUUGUGUUGCCGAAAUCCGGCUGCAGACUUGUGGACGUGCGUGCGGCUCAACUCCCGGGACUUUUGGAGCUGCUGCUAAAUAAUUUCUGCUCAGCCAUGUCGCCGGCUCCAGAUGCAGCCUCGGCUCCUGCUUCCAUCUUCCUGUUUGACCUCAGCGCGGAUGCUCCGGUCCUUCAGGGCCUGAGCCUGGUGAGCCAUGCGCCCGGGGAGGCUCUGGCCCGUGCUCCGCGUUCUUCCUGUUCAGGCUCAGCGGAGAGAGAAAGCCCAGAAAGAAAGCAACUCCAGGGUCCUAUGGCUAUUUCAGAGAAGUUAUUUUGUUCAACAUGUGACCAGACCUUCCAGAACCACCAAGAACAGAGGGAGCAUUAUAAGCUUGACUGGCAUCGGUUUAACCUAAAGCAGCGUCUCAAGGACAAGCCUCUCCUGUCUGCCCUGGACUUUGAAAAGCGGAGCUCCACAGGAGAUCUUUCCAGCAUCUCAGGAUCAGAAGACUCAGACUCAGCCAGCGAGGAGGACUUGCAGAUGCUGGAUCAGGAGAAGGCUAGAUUUGAGAAGCCCAACCGAGCCCAAGGCUUUUACCCUCAUCGAGUUCUUUUCCAGAAUGCCCAGGGCCAGUUUCUUUAUGCCUACCGCUGUGUCCUAGGCCCUCAUCAGGAUCCCCCAGAAGAGGCAGAACUCCUGCUACAGAACCUGCAAAGUAGAGGUCCCAGAGACUGCGUGGUGCUCAUGGCUGCAGCUGGGCACUUUGCUGGUGCUAUAUUUCAAGGAAGAGAAGUGGUGACACACAAAACCUUUCACCGCUACACGGUGCGAGCCAAGCGGGGCACAGCCCAGGGGCUUCGGGAUGCCCAGGGUGGGGCAUCACGCUCUGCUGGAGCCAACCUGAGGCGCUACAAUGAAGCCACACUCUGUAAGGAUGUUCGUGACCUGCUGGCAGGGCCAGGCUGGGCUAAGGCACUGGAGGAGGCUGAUACAAUACUGUUGCAUGCUCCCCGCUCUGGCCGGUCCUUGUUCUUUGGAGGCAAGGGGGCACCACUGCAAAGGGGGGAUCCCCGACUUUGGGAUAUCCCCCUCGUCACCCGCAGACCCACCUUUCAAGAGCUACAGCGUGUGCUCCAUAAGCUGACUACUUUGUAUGUCUAUGAAGAAGAUCCUCGGGAAGCGGUCAGACUGCACUCACCUCAGACACAUUGGAAGACAGUAAGAGAGGAGAGGAAGGCGGCUACUGAGGAAGCAAUAAAGAUCUGCAGUGAUGAAAAGGAAGCACUUGGGCAGAAUGAGGAAUCUCCCAAACAGGGUUCACAGUCAGAGGGAGAAGAUGGCUUCCAGAUAGAGUUGGAGCUAGUGGAGUUGACCUUGGGGACUCUGGAUCUUUGUGAGUCUGAAGUAUUCCCCAAGCGGAGGAGGAGAAAAAGGAAUAAGAAGGAGAAAAGCCGGGACCAGGAGGCUGGGGCACAUAUUACUCUUCUCCAGCAACCUCAAGAGGAGCCUUCUGCACAGUCAUCCCAGGCAGUUGCCACCCCCUUGGGCCCUUUGCUGGAUGAGGCCAAAGCCCCUGGUCAGCCAGAGCUCUGGGAUGUGCUGCUUGCUGCCUGCCGAGCUGGAGAUGUUGGAGUGCUGAAGCUCCAGCUGGCUCCCAGCCCUGGAGACCCUGGAGUUCUGUCUCUGCUCAGUGCCCCCUUGGGCUCUGGUGGCUCUACUCUCCUGCAUGCAGCAGCUGCAGCUGGAAGAGGCUCAGUGGUUCGUCUGCUGCUGGAAGCAGGUGCCGACCCCACUGUGCAGGACUCUCGGGCCCAGCCACCUUAUACUGUUGCGGCUGACAAAUCAACACGUAAUGAGUUCCGAAGGUUCAUGGAGAAGAACCCAAAUGCCUAUGAUUACAACAAAGCUCAGGUGCCAGGACCAUUGACACCAGAAAUGGAGGCACGGCAGGCUACAAGGAAAAGGGAGCAGAAGGCAGCCCGGCGGCAUCGGGAGGAACAGCAGCGGAGGCAGCAGGAACAGGAGGAGCGGGAACGAGAAGAGCAGCAGCGAUUUGCCACCCUCAGUGACCGAGAGAAGAGAGCUCUAGCUGCAGAGCACCGACUUGCUGCUCAGUUGGGAGCCCCUACCCCUCCAAUCCCUGACUCUGCAAUCGUCAAUGCUCGACGCUGCUGGAGUUGUGGGGCAUCCCUCCAAGGCCUCACUCCCUUUCACUACUUCGACUUCUCUUUCUGCUCCACACAUUGCCUCCAAGAUCAUCGCCGUCAGGCAGGGAGGCCCUCUUCUUGAUCUCUUACAGCUCUACUUGGGGCCAACUCAGGGCCCUAAGAGGGCAUAUUCACAGCAGCCCUAGGUUUUUUCUUCCCCAUGAAACCAGAGAUUAUUUGGAAGAUGGGGGUGAAGGACACUCGGGAACCAGGGCAAAGACAGGGCCACAAAGGUAUGUGGAGCUGGUAUUGUCUCUGGAACUUUAAUCACAAUAAAGUUUGGCAAGGAA